UGUCAACCAUUGUCAACAACGCAGGCAGGCAGAGAAAAAGAAACAGAAGUAGAAUAACGAAAAAUACGAAACGAAAUCUGACUGAACGCAAAAUAUAUUGAAAAUUUUGCAACAAACGUUGAAACGUAUUUUAUUUUCUCUAACACGAAAAUUGCCAAUCCCAAUAAAUCAAUACUCAGCAAUGGAGAACUGCAACCAUUCGCCUAAUCAACCUGGAAAAGUUCCUUACGACCCAGGUUGGAAUGACCCUCCAAAGUUUUCGUAUAACACUCAACAGGCAACUCCAAACAGACCACGAAAUUUUCUUAACAAGAGGGUAGCCUUUCCUUUAUCGGGCGGUGGCGCAGUCUCUACAGCACAGUCUCCCAUGAGUUCACCAGCAAUUCCAUCAGCCCUGCCCUCUACACCACCUGUAAAGUUACCUCCAAGAACAGAACCUCAAGAAACAGUUGAUAUUGAUAGUGAACAUGCUCUGUGUGAAGUGAAAGACAUUCUGUUAUCUCUUUUGGAUAAUAGCAGUGAAUUAGGGCAGAAAGCCACUGACAUUAAAAGACGAAUAGUAGUCAUGGAAGAUAUGUGGAUAAAUGAAAAACUUAACAAGAGUGUUCAGUUUCAGAUGCGUGAAUUGGCAUAUGCACUGAAAAAUGAGGAACCCCAAAAGGCAGAUGAAAUACAUAGAGCUCUGAUGGUAGAUCAUGUUAGUGCAGUUGGAACAUGGAUGCCUGGAGUCAAACAGCUCAUCCACCACUACAUAGCACGGAAUGAAUUAUUAGCUAUAGAUAAGGAAUCCUCCCUAAAUUAGUCUGACUGGUCAAAUUAGCAACUAGAUGAAGUGUAAAAACAGUACAGUUAUUGCUCAUAUAUUUUAAUUAUUUUCAUUUGGUUGCAAUUAUAAUUUCAUGAGUAAUGUAGCUAAAUUACAAGUUUCUUUUCUUCAGUGUAAUUCAGUAACUAUGUAAGUAAGCAUGCCCUGAUUGCUCCAUCUCAUGACAAAAUCAAUAGAUUCAUAUGAAAUUUUGACACAUCAACACACUUCAAUAUUAAAACCUAUGGAACAAUGGAGGACAACUUGCUACAUCAAUGCAAUAGAGCAGAUUCAAAUGUGCAAGUUUUUUAAUGUAAGAAUAUAAAAGGAUGCUCUGCUCUGAAUAAUAUUGCCUGCUUUACACAUAUUUUGCAUUGUGCAAUAAAUAAAAAUUAAAUAUGCUCUUAACAAAAAUACCCAUAUGCGAAGCUGUGUGCAUUUUUGUACUAAUUUCAACUACUUUAUAUUUUAAGCACAAAAUGUUAAUUAUAAUUUGUUAUGUAGGAUUUCACUAUGAAAUGUUAUAGUUGAUGGUACAAUAUCUGUGUUAUUUUGAAGGGAUAUUUUAUAAAUUAUAGGCAAUAAAAUAUAUUCUUUAUACAA